AUGUGGACGGGGCUGAUACGGCGCUUUUCGACUGAAGACACGGAGCUCGGAAACGACGCAGACACCGACGACCCCCAGGACAAGGACGGCGUGAAUGGCGUCUUCGUUCCAAGUGGUCGGCGCCGUCUUUCUGCCAGCCCAUUUCGCCCUCCUCCGCUGGAGCCGCUGAUGCUCCAUGGCUAUCGCGACAACACUCAGAGCUCAGCCCGGUUGCUGACCAGUGCUGUUGCCGAGGAGAUCCGGACCAUGGUGCCGGAGAGGCUGCGCAUCAUCGACGAUUGGCAUUUGAUUUACAGUCUCGAGCAGGACGGGGCCAGCUUAUCCACCCUGUAUCAGAAAUGCCGCCAUUACAAGGGCCUCAGAGUUGGCUUUGUGCUCGUGGUCAAAGACCAAGAAGGCGGGACCUUCGGAGCAUAUCUCUCAGAGUAUCCGCAUCCAUCUCCUUCAUACUUCGGCAACGGGGAAUGCUUCCUCUGGAAAGCCUCGCUUCUCGCCUCUCUCCCCUUGCCUCCAUCAGCCGACACGACGAACCUUACUCGAAGCACGACCCUCGCGCCAAUGCCGUCGUCGGAAAGCGGGACUUCCACCCCGGCCGAGUCCAUACGAUUCAAGGCAUUUCCUUACAGCGGCCUCAAUGAUUGUUAUAUAAAUUGCGAAACAGGGUUUGUCUCCGUCGGCUCCGGUGGCGGACACUAUGGCCUCUGGCUCGACGACUCCCUGGAUGUCGGACACAGUUCACAAUGCGAGACUUUCGGCAACGAGCCGCUCAGCGAUGCGGGUGAAAAGUUUGGUGUCUGGGGUGUCGAGCUGUGGGUUCUUGGCGCAUAG